AAGCCAUGUUGCCUAAGGUGAUUGUUACUGACAGAGAUCUUGCCUUAUUGAGUGCUGCUAAGCAAAGCCUUCCUAACACUACACAUUUAUUAUGCUUGUGGCACAUCAACAAGUGUGUUUUGGCAAAGUGCAAACUCUAUGUUGGCACAGAUGAUUUUGCUGAGUUGGUUAUGAUGAAGUGGGCAGAGGUGGUGGAUGCUGCAACAGUUGAAGAAUUUGAAGUGAAAUGGAUGCAAUUGUUUAAUAUGUGCAAGGCAAAAUACAGCAACUUUACCUCCUAUUGUUCUACUACAUGGUUGGUUCACAAGGAGAAAUUCGCCAAGGCAUGGACAAAUCAUGUGAUGCACUUUGGAACAACAACAAGUAACAGGGCUGAGGGUGCACAUGCCAGUUUGAAGAAGAUGUUACGGGAUUGCAAGGGUGACCUGGCCACUUCAUGGGAUGCGUCGCAUAGUUUGACAUGUAAUCGACAUACUGAAAUAUUAGCAUCGUUUGAGCGCAGUAUUCACAGAAUUGAUCACAUUUUCAUGUUCUCAUUUUACACAAAUAUUAGAGGAUUUGUGUCAAACAAAUUCCUGCAGCUCAUCGACGAUGAACAUAUAAGAAUGAAGUCCUACGGCGGAUGCGAUUGCUUGUUGAGAGAGACUCAUGGACUACCUUGCGGUUGUGAACUUGCAGGUUAUGAAAGAAUUCCAUAUGAGUCAAUUCAUCCAUUCUGGAAGAGACUGAGUUGGGAGCAUGUACCUGAACCUGUUGCAGAUACUACCAACAACCAUAUUUGCGGCAUGAACCAUGGAGAUAUGCAACCAGAAGUUGAGGCAUUGACACAUUAUUUCAGUUCUUUGGAUACUGGAGGGCAGAGUAUGGUAAGGAGGAAGCUUCAAGCGAUCUAUUGUCCUGAAAGCAGUUCACUUUGUACUCCUGCGGUUAAGAUAAGGUCCAAGCGCACUCUUAAGGCGAAUGAGAAAAUACCACCUAAGAAUAAAGCAAUAGGAUCCUUGACUCGUGAUCUUUCAGGUUUUGAACAUGUUGAUAGGGAGAUCAGAGAGGCAAAGAAGGUUUCACAACCACCAAAGAAGAAGAAGCGUGUGAAGAAGUCUGAUACAAGCUAUUUCAUGGGUCAUUUUCCAGCCUUUUUCCACCCAUAUAUACAAACAGUUCAGAAUGUUGAGGAUGAUGGUAACUGUGGCUAUAGAGCCGUUGCUGCAUUACUCGGACUACCAUCAGGUGAGGAAAGUUGGUCAUGGGUUAGGGCAGCGUUGAUAGAAGAACUUGAACGACACAGAGGGUUGUAUGAUGAAAUGUGGUCCAGACAUGUGGUUAAUGCCUUACAUUCCCGACUCACUCUUCCUCCUGGUGAUCCGGCUACCGAGGAUAAAUGGAUGCAACUGCCAGAGAUGGGAUACCUUGUAGCAACCAGGUUCCAAGUGGUUUUCAUAUCCAUCUCCUCUACGGGUUGUUGGUCAUACCUUCCACUAAGAGGAGAAGGUCCACCGGAUGUACAUCCUGUUAUAGCUGUUGGUCAUGUGAUUAAUCACUUUGUACAGCUCCAUCUAACUCCUGGACAUUCUAUGCCGCCAAUUGCUCUCCAGUGGGAACGGUAUGUUGAUCCUACAUCAGUAAGCUGGUGCGCCCCAUAUGGUACACGUUUAGGAAGAUUCACAUCAGAAUUCGAAGCUUGGCUUGUUACUUUUGGUGUUCCUCUUAUUCACCAAAGCUAUGUAGACAUCACCUCAGAUUGACACCACACUUUUGUGUGAUAUUCAUUUGUAAACGCUCUGUAAUAUUAAUCUGAUGGGCCUUGCCUUUAUGAUGUUCAUUUGUUGCUUUUAAUAAUAUUAAUUUGAUGGUCAUUGUUAUAUUGAUGGGCCUUAUUAUUUUGAAUCAGCAUCAGGGAUAAUUAACAUAGACAACCACUCUGUCAUCAAAGUCCUGUCAUUUUCAUCCACCCCAUCAUCAGAGUCCUGUCAUUUCCAACCACCCCAUCAUCAGAGUCCUGUCAUUUCCAACCACCCCAUCAUCAGAGUCUUGUCAUUUUCAUCCACUAAAUGACGAACUUGAAACCUGACAUUACUAUCUACCACCAACCAACCCCAACCACACUUGUAUUAUCCACCAAACACCAUAAAUCUUUUGACCAUUCU